AUGCCCAACAGCAGUCGGGCGGGGAGCCUAAAGGACCCCGAAAUUGCUGAACUCUUCUUCAAGGAGGAUCCAGAAAAACUCUUCUCAGAUCUGCAUGAAAUUGGACAUGGCAGCUUUGGUGCUGUUUAUUAUGCACAGGAUGUGCGGACAAAUGAUGUGGUGGCCAUCAAAAAGAUGUCAUACAGUGGAAAGCAGUCAAUUGAGAAAUGGCAAGAUAUAAUCAAGGAAGUGAAAUUUCUGCAGAGAAUACAACACCCUAACAGCAUAGAGUACAAAGGAUGUUACCUGCGAGAGCACACUGCUUGGCUGGUGAUGGAGUAUUGUCUAGGCUCGGCCUCAGAUUUAUUAGAAGUUCACAAGAAGCCUCUGCAAGAAAUCGAAAUAGCAGCAAUUACCCAUGGUGCUCUUCAGGGAUUGGCUUAUCUUCACUCACAUGACAUGAUUCACCGAGAUAUAAAGGCGGGAAAUAUCCUACUGACAGAGCCAGGACAGGUAAAACUGGCUGACUUUGGCUCUGCCUCUAUUGCCUGUCCUGCCAACUCCUUUGUUGGGACCCCAUAUUGGAUGGCCCCAGAGGUGAUUUUAGCUAUGGAUGAGGGUCAGUAUGAUGGAAAGGUGGACAUUUGGUCUUUGGGAAUAACCUGCAUUGAAUUAGCUGAGAGGAAGCCUCCACUGUUCAACAUGAAUGCAAUGAGUGCCUUAUACCAUAUAGCACAGAAUGAGAGCCCAACACUGCAGUCAAGUGAAUGGACGGACUAUUUCCGGAACUUUGUAGAUUCUUGCCUUCAGAAAAUUCCACAGGACAGACCGAACUCCGAGGAGCUCCUAAAGCAUGCGUUUGUCCAGCGUGAGCGACCAGAGUCGGUUCUGAUUGAUCUGAUAAAUCGGACGAAAGAUGCAGUGCGGGAGCUAGACAAUCUGCAGUAUCGCAAAAUGAAGAAGAUCUUGUUUCAAGAAUCCCGUAAUGGCCCCACAACUGAGGUGCAGGAUGAAGAGGAGGAGCCAGAGCACAGUGUGGGUAGUACCGGGACAGUAAACAGUGUGGGGAGCAACCAAUCCAUCCCCAGUAUGUCAAUCAGCGCCAGUUCUCAGAGCAGCUCCGUCAACAGUCUGACAGAUGCAGGAGAUGACAAAUCUGAGGCAGACAUGGAGGGAGGCCACACAGUGAUGUCCAACAGCUCUGUCAUACACCUCAAACCUGAACAAGAGAGACGUAAUGAGGUGACAGAGCCUCAUAACCGGCCAACAGAGACACAGUCUCCCCCUGCGCACACACCAAGACCAAAGAGGAACCGCGAACAGUUUGCCACUAUACGGACAGCUUCAGUGCUCACUCGACAGAUUAAGGAGCAUGAGCAGGAUUCUGAGUUACGAGAGCAGAUAUUGGGCUACAAGCGCAUGAGGCGACAGCAUCAGAAACAGCUGAUGGCUCUAGAAAACAAGCUGAAGGCUGAAAUGGAUGAGCACAUGCUCCGUCUGGACAAAGAGCUGGAGAACCAGAGGAAUAGCUUUGGCCAGGAGAUUGACAAGCUGACCAAGAAACACCAGGCAUCCAUGGAGAAAGAUGCAAAAACGUUCAACAAUGAUGAAAAGAAGUUCCAGCAGCAUAUCCAGAGUCAGCAGAAGAAAGAGCUUAACAGCUUUCUGGAAUCCCAGAAGCGGGAAUACAAACGCCGCAAGGAGCAACUGAAAGAGGAGCUCAAUGAAAAUCAGUCCACGCCCAAGAAAGAAAAGCAGGAGUGGUUGUCCAAGCAGAAGGAAAACUUCCAACACUUCCAGGCGGAGGAGGAGGCCAACCUCCAGCGCAGACAGAGGCAGUACCUGGAUCUGGAGUGCCGCAGGUUCAAAAGGAGGAUCUUGAUUGCUCGCCACAGUAUUGAACGGGAUCUAGUGAGAGAGGAGUUAAACAAACGGCAAACCCAGAAGGACUUGGAACAUGCCAUGCUUCUCCGUCAACACGAGUCCAUGCAAGCGCUGGAGUUCCGUCAGCUGGACACUAUCCAAAAGACGAGGGCUGAGCUGACCCGCUUGCAGCACCAGACGGAGCUCACCAAUCAACAGGAAUACAACAAGAGGAGGGAGAGAGAACUGAGGCGCAAACAUGUGAUGGAGGUUCGCCAGCAACCCAAGAGCCUCAAGUCCAAAGAGCUACAGAUCAAGAAGCAGUUCCAGGAGACGUGCAAGAUCCUGACCAGACAGUAUAAAGCACUAAGGAACCAUCUGCUGGACACCACACCAAAGUCAGAGCACAAAGCUGUCCUGAAGCAGCUGAAGCAGGAGCAGCAUCGUAAACUGGCCAUUUUAGCUGAGCAGUAUGACCAGUCCAUCAAUGAAAUGCUUUCCACUCAAGCGCUACGUCUGGACGAGACUCAGGAAUCUCAGUACCAAGCCUUAAGAAUGCAGCUACAGCAGGAGCUCGAGCUUCUCAAUGCCUACCAGAGCAAAAUCAAGAUGCAGACAGAGGCCCAGCAUGACCGUGAAAAGAAGGACAUGGAGCAAAGGGUGUCACUGCGACGGGCCCUGCUGGAGCAAAAGAUUGAGGAAGAGCUGCAGUCGCUGGAGAAUGAACGCCAGGAACGAACCCAGAGCUUGCUGGAGCGCCAGGCCCGAGAAGUUGAGGCUUUCGACUCGGAGAGUAUGCGCCUGGGCUUCAGCAACAUGGUGCUCUCAAACAUCUCUCCAGAGGGCCUCAGCAACAGCUUUCCUGGAGCUCCGGGGCGAUGGAGUCAGCAUCAGCAACUACACCCCUCUGGAAGCUCACAAGGGCCACACGGAGGCAGCCGAAGUUCAAGCUCACGGUCCAGUCACCAAUAUUACUCCAGUCCCGGAGGGGCAUCUAUGCAUCAAGGGUGGGGGCAGGGCAUGCAGAGAAGAGGAGGAUCACCACCGUGGAGCCAGGGAUCACCAGCAUCUCUGGUUUCUCUUGGCAGUGGAGGUAUACAGAACAGCCCCCAAGCAAUGGGGAGGACACCAUCAGGAGGGCGCGGUGAGCAGGGUAUGAGCAGGAGUACCAGUGUCACCUCUCAGAUAUCCAACGGGUCACACCUGUCCUACACAUAG